UAAGGGAGAGUAGAUGGGUGUGUGAGUGAUCAGACGAUUAAGCGGGUUUAGAUUUCUGGGACCUUUCCUGGCUUCGAAAUCUCUCGGCUUUGCAGGUUGGUCAACUGAUAUGAAGUGCGAUCCUCCAGGCGACAGUGUCAGACUGUGACACUGAGAACUGUGUUGGCUUUGGUUUUGCUCUCCCACCCCCCACACCCCCCCCACUUUCUCUGGAUGCUGGUCAUGGCAAUUCCACUCCAUCACAAAUCACCUGCGAUUGCUUUGCUGCAGAAGAUUCAGGCUAGUGACUUGGACACUUUUGGCAGGCAAACUCUGCAGUUACCUAUAAGUGGCGAUGGACCUCUGAAUGAAAUCUAUGUGGAAAAAAACCGAGCCGGAGCAAUGAACUACCCAGAAAGCGGCUACGAGUUUGCUGCAGCGGCUACCCUGUACAACCCAGCUGGUCUCGGCUACACAACCUCCAGUGACUCGCAUGGCUCCAGCAACAUCGGGGGGCUCCACUCCCUCAACAGCAUUUCUCCGAGCCCGCUGGUCUUUUUGCAGACUGCGCCCCAGCUCUCGUCCUUUGUGGCUCAUGGGCAGCAGGUCCCCUACUAUGUAGAGAAUGAACAGAGCAGCUGCAGCAGUUUUGGCUUGAGGGAGGCUCCCCCUUCAACCUUUUACAGAAUUAACAGUGACAACAGACGCCAGCGAGUGAACGAUCACCUCUCCAGCACCAGCGAGCAAAGCAGCCCGUCUGCGGGCACAUUAGAAUCCAGCAAGGAGACACGGUACUGUGCGGUGUGCAGUGAUUACGCCUCGGGCUAUCACUAUGGAGUCUGGUCAUGCGAAGGCUGUAAAGCCUUUUUUAAGAGAAGCAUUCAAGGACACAAUGACUACAUGUGCCCUGCCACAAACCAGUGUACCAUCGACAAAAAUCGCAGGAAGAGCUGCCAAGCCUGCAGACUGCGUAAAUGCUAUGAAGUGGGCAUGAUGAAAGGUGGUAUUCGGAAGGACCGUAGGGGUGGUCGGAUGUUGAAGCACAAGCGGAGGAAAGAUGAGAAGGAGCACAUUAUUAAGAGUACUGGAGUCACCAGCAGACCGAGCUCCAGCAGUGUGAGCCCGGUGCAGAGGAAUGCCAAGCACAGCUCACUGCUGGGCAUGACCUCGGAGGAGAUUCUCAGCACCCUGAUGGAAGCCGAGCCGCCCAUGGUUUACUCCGAGCACGACCCCAGCAAACCCUUCACCGAGGCAUCCAUGAUGACUUUGCUAACAAACCUGGCCGAUAAGGAACUGGUGCACAUGAUCAUUUGGGCUAAGAAGGUUCCAGGAUUUGUGGAUUUAACACUUCAUGACCAGGUGCAACUGCUGGAAUGCUGCUGGUUAGAAAUUUUGAUGAUUGGCCUUGUCUGGCGAUCCAUGGAACAUCCCGGAAAGCUCAUAUUUGCACCAGAUCUGGUUUUGGACAGGAAUGAAGGGAAAUGUGUUGAAGGGAUGGUGGAAAUAUUUGACAUGCUCCUAGCAACCGUGUCACGAUUCCGCCUGCUAAAGCUUCAGUGCGAGGAGUACAUCUGUCUGAAGGCCAUCAUUUUGCUGAAUUCUGGAGUGUUCCCAUUCCUCUCCAGCACCAUGGAAGCCCUGAACGACAGUGAGCAGAUUCAGAUCAUCUUGGACAAAAUCACUGAUGCCUUGGUUCACUUUAUCACCAGGGCUGGCCUCUCACUGCAGCAGCAGUCCCGGAGACUAGCUCAGCUUCUGCUACUGCUCUCCCACAUCCGACACAUGAGUAACAAGGGAAUGGAACACCUCUACAGUAUGAAAUGUAAGAAUGUGGUACCACUCUAUGAUUUGCUCCUGGAGAUGCUGGAUGCUCACAGAAUGCACACGCCAAUGGACAAGCCACAGCCUGGAGGAAAUGGAGCCAAUCCAAUAAAUAGAGGGACCAUGCCUUCCUCUUCUUUACUGUCACUAAAGAAGACAGAUGUGAGUUUUGAAACAUCAAGAUAGGUCAGUGAUUUGAAUGGUACGCAGUAUUAACAGAAGUCCCAACAGAAAACUACCUAUGAUCACUUGCAAAUGAAGCACAUCACUGCAGCAAAAUUUAUAUAGCUUCAGCUUCAUCCAAACGCAAACCACUCUGCAACAAAGGAAGCCCUGUAUUUUGUAUACUUACUGAAUUGGAAAGGGCUUGCUAGUGAUGCGGGAACAGCAUAGUGUUCCAGCAGUUUUGUAAAGUUCUCUAAUCUUCUCAAAGAAUUUACUGAAAUUCCAAAUGCUUCACUAGAACACGACCACGAGGGACAUGAAGGUGAAUGUACUAUAGGACCAUUCCCAAAGGAUUGAUAAUCCUUGGCCUUCUGAUAAACACUUGGCAACAGAAUGAGUUAGACCACUGAGCGUUCACCUCUGCUAGCCAAGGUCAAAUCUGCUGGUGAAGGUUUGGAUGGAAAACCAGAAUGAAAGGGGGUAGAGGCGAAUGGAGUUAAUGGACUUCUCCUCAUAUCCAUCCAGAUCCCAUUGGCAGCUGUGCGAGGGAAUCGAGGAGAAAAAUAACCCACACUGGUACCAAUCUUUGGAGCUGGUGCCAUAUUGCUGGCACAGAGUAGAGGGAGCUUUACCCUUCUGCUGAAUUCCCUUCACUCCCUCAUCUUCAGUAAGAACAAAAUUAAAAAAAACGAAUCUCACAAACGUAACCCCAUGAACAUGGCCUGUGAAUUUCCUCAUGACCCAAGUGACCCUGUUCUCAACUCAGUUCCUCUGCUAAUCCUGGCACCAAUCUUGGUCCCAUUGGUUAUUCCAUCAUCUUUGUUCAUUAAUUGGGGUUUACGUUACGCUUGUUAAAAGUUUGAAUAGAUUGAUUUGUUUUAUUUUAUGCACAAUUACGAGUUAAUAAUGAGUUCAGGACUAAUUACAGCCAAUACUCUACACACCUUCAGUUAAGUCACAUAUCAUUGCUGCAUCAAAGUCUUGGAAUUCCCUCCUGAAUGGCCACCUUUGGGAGCACCAUCACCACAUGGAGUGCAGCAAUUCAAGAAGGUCCACCAUCACCUUCUCCAUGACAACAAGACAUGGUCAAUAAAGGACAACCUUGCUUGUAUGUCAAGAAUACAUUUUUAAAGUCUGUGUGUGGAGAGAUGACCAAAGCACCGUGAUCAGGAUACCACCCAGACCUCAAACGUCAAUGGCCUCAUUCCUCCAAAGGUUUUUGACACUUCUUUGAUGGGAAAAAUCAGAAUCUAAACCCUGGGCAGGAAUAGGAGGCUCACUCCAGAUCAACGUUCUGUCAAGUUGCAACACAUCAGCACAAUAUUGCGUUACCAAUAUCAACACUGGCUACUACCUCAAAACACUGGUGGUUUGUAGGGAAUUUUUUUGCAACACUACCGUUUACUCCAUAUCAUUGCUGCAAUAAUCGUAGGAUGCCUAUUCUCUACAAAGGUUCAACAAACGGCCUUUGACGCAAUGUUUCCUCAUUUGGUGCCUUUUUUUGUACGGUGUGCCAGAUGCUUAUUGGUUAGGUGUCAUGGUGCCAUUGAGGGGGUGUGUUGAUGUUUUGAUGUUGACGAUGCUGAAACCCAAAGACUUUGGCAAAUUAGUUCUGGAGCAAGAUUUGGGCAUGCAGUGAUGAUACAGCAAUGACCUACUUUGUAUGUUAAAUCCCUUGGGUCUACCCUCAAUGUCAAUGGAAGGUAUGUUGGGGCAAUCCAUGAAAUCACCCAAAUAGGAACCUUCCUGCUCAACCAUUCCUGGCUUCAGUUAGAAUCACGGCACCCUUACUCAGCUGUUUAUGUUCCACAGUACUGAGUUCAUUAGAUCUCAGCUUUCACCAGUCAAUGGACAAGACGAAUUUUCUCUCCUGGGUAAAGUUAUAACAGAAAACUUAUUCAGACUGUUCACAAUAAUGAAGGGGGUAUCAGCAACCACAGAAUGUGGUGGAGAUAAUUGAUAGAACAGUCAGGUGGAGAAUUGGUGGAGGGUAGUGGAGUGGGAGCAGUACUGAGGGAGAUCUUUUUUUUAGACAACAAGUUGUUGAAAUUGGGAACGCACUUCCUCACUGAGCGUAGGAAGCAGAUUUAACAGCAACUUGCACUUGUGCCGAGUGGCGUCAUGCUGUACUGUAUGAUUCUAUAUCAUUCCUCCUGUUUUCUGGGUAUACAUGUUGUCAAUUUCAGAGCAAAAACAUGGUUCUUUUUUUAGCAUGUCUGAUAAGUCCAUAGAUUAGCCUAAUCUUUUCUCUAGUACACGGUGAGUUUGUAAGCAGCAAACAGUUUAUCAAUUAUAAAUGAGGUGAGGUAUGGGGUGGUGGGUUAAGAUUUGCUCUUUUUCAGUAAAUGUCUUCAUGAAAAGUGCUUGGACUGAGAGUCAGAGAAGCAGCUUUCAUGUUUGUAGCUUUCUUAUGUAAUGUGUGGGUUUAUUUUGGUGAACCUUCCACAAAGCUGUACUGCUUCUGAAGGCUGAGUAUCAGACAGCUACGUAUGAGAAGACAGGAGCAUGGAGAGAUACAGAUCUCAAAGGUGAAAAAACAGAGCCAGGCUGUGGGAUAUUUCUUUAAAGGGGCAAUACAGGAAUCUUUGAGAAUCAAAAUCUUUACAAGCGGUACACAUGUGAACCUUUCCACAAGACAUUCAGUAAUCUAUGGUGCGCUUAUUGCUAGACAAUGACAAACUGACAUAUAUCAGAAAAUGACAUUGGAUUGAAUGUUAGAUUACAUUCUGAUAGAGAUUGAGGAUUCACCAUCAGCAUAUAUCAGAAUUGGGGAUAGUAUUUCAGAAUAAAUUUAUUUUAAUAUAAUGUAUUUUGUUUUGCUAAAUUAUAUUUCUCUCACUCACCCAAAGCACAAGCAUUUGGCCGUGACUUAGCUCUGGCAAUCCAAUAAAGGUGCAAAUAAUUUUGAUUAUUUUAAGGUUAUUCAAUUUUUUUUACUGCUAUGGGGUUUUUGUUGUCACUAACUGGGCAACAAUAGGAUUUUACAGAAGGAACCUCCUCAGUUCAUCCUGCCCUUGUUGCCAUUUUGCACCUCUCUGCACUGACCUAAAUCUACGCGGCCCUGUUCAUCCCAAAUUAGUCUCACUUGCCCCUUUUCUGCCGAUAGUCCAUUUUCAACACCAAACUAAUCCAACUGUUCCACUCUGUCCAAAGUACUUUAUCAAUCCUGAGUGGUUUCUACUGUCCUGAUUUCUCUGCGUGAAUUGCGUACAUUAAGUGCCUUUGUAUUCUCCGACCUUCCUUUGGCUCCCAGUCAAGGAAAGCUUUGACUUUAGAUUUCUUAACCUUGUUUUCGAAUCCCUUCAUGGCCUGACCCCUCCAUCUCUGUGUUCUCCUCCAACCACACAACCUUCUGAAAUAUUUACACCACUCUUAACUGUGGCCUUUGUGCAUUCCCAGCUAGAAUUGCUCCACCAUUGGACGUCACGCCUUCAGUCAGCUAAGCCUUCAGUUCUAGAACUCCCUCUGUGCACCACUCUACCUCACUUUCCUUCUUUAAGGCCCAAGCCCCCGACCCUUCCCGCCAAAUCUCUGUAAUAAAGAGUUAGAUAAUCUAACUUAAUAUCUCUCAGUCUGGCUUGGUGAUGUACAUGUUUCGUAAAGCUCCUUUCAAGUGCCUUGAGGUGUUUCAUUACAUUAAAGGGAUUAUGUAAAUAUAACUUAUUGUUUUAGGUCCAUCCAUUCUGUUUUCCACUGGGCAGUCCACAGUCCCAACCAGAUGAACUUGGAAGAGCCCUUGUUUGGUAUUGGUAGGGCUAAGGAGAAACAAUGACAUGAGUACCUCUAAGUGCUGGGCCCAUAUUUCCCAUGAAUACAGUAAAGAAAGGAACACUUUAUUAACCACCACAUUGGUUGCAGUGAUUGGGAGCUGCAGCUGUUUACAUAUCAGUACCAUGUUCACAUAUCAGUACCAUGUUCUCCUGUCCAUGUCAAAAUCCCACACUGUCAAUCAAUCCAUUCCAGCUAACACUAGCACUCAAAUUUAUUUACUACAAGUGGAACUACACAGAGAACCUGUAUAGACACAGUGAGCCAAUAACAGGGUGACACUGGGUUGACACAAUGCAUAAAGGAUUGCAUAUUAAGUAGUCUGAAAUGUUCCAGAUUGUUUCCUAUGCCCAACCUAUAAAAUGGAGAUGACCUCGUAUUUGUUAGUUCCCUAGAUAUUUUUUAUUCAACCUGUUCAGAUGUGUUAUAAAACACUGCUGGAGAAGGUAGGAGUUGAACCUGGCUCUUCUGACCCAGAAGUAGGGCCAUUAUCACUUUGCCACAAGAGCCCUAUUGUUAGUUCCUUGGGUAUUUUCCUAAACAACCCAUUCAGAGUAUUUAUGAUAGACCUCUGAUAAGACUUGAACCCAGGCCUUUUGUCCUAGAGGUAGGACUAUCACUGCGUCACAAGAGAACCUACCAUUAGUUCCUUGAAGUAGUUGAUCUGAUGUGAAGCAGCUGGGGAACUAUAAGGCACUUUCAUUUGAUGACUGAACAAUUUCUUCUUGAUGGUCAGGUAGUUAAGACAGUUUCAAUAUUCAUCUUGGGAAGGAUGGCUUGCAGUCUCCAGCUGCCUAAUGAUUCACCUUGAGCAACAAUAUCUUCUUUUGGUUAGCAUGUAUUGGAGUUAAUCUGUAAAAAACCCACCACCAUUCAUUAGCUUCAGUGGUCUUCACAUAUUCACCCUGGCUACGUUGAGCUUCCCUUAAGACCUUUGGCUGAAAACAACAUAUCUUAAAGCACCAUAAAACGAGUAUUUUCCAAAUCUGUGAUCAAAGCGUUGAUGCAGUAAAUGUGUGAAACUCUUUCCUUCUAUUUUAUGUCCCAUCUAAUCAGCUUCCUGUUGGAUGUGAGAGGGUGGCUGAUUUCUUUUCUCUCUCUCUGUUGCUUGCCUUUAUUGGAAGCAGUUAUCACUCAUAAAGCCCAGACUACAAGAAACAAAUUCCCAGGUGAAGUGAACAAGCUUGCUGAUGGUCAUGUUAUUUUACUAUAAGGCUAAAUGUUACCACACAAUUAAUUGUUGGUCACGUGCAAGAUGCCACAUGGCGAUCUAACUACCUUUUUAUGGCUGUCAAAAGGGCUGAACAGGAUUGUCUAAAAUGUUCUUGUAAAGGAAAAAUGCAUUUGUGCAUGUAAAUUUGUUUCUGUUUAAUUGAGUAGUUGAUAAAACAAGGUUUAUCAAUCGCUGUCUCAAUACUGUGCAACAUAGAAGCUCUGCUCUAAGCAGCAGAUUAUUUUGAGGUAAAUUGUUUUGUGACUCAUAAAUACAGACAAAAUGAAUGUAUUUCUGUGGGUUAUUGAAGAUAUACACUUUAGUGAAUUAUAGCAACUUUCAAAGCAUUAGUUAUCUUCUCUGUUUCAUCAGAGAGUUUGCAAAUAGUUUUCUGAACAGUUUGUUUUGGACUAAUUGAAGAAGGAAUCUCAUAGGGUUUAUCAUUAUCAUAGUUUACACAAAAAUUGCAGUUUAUAUAUAGCUUUACAUCUUAGCACUUCAUCGCAAUUAUCACUACAUAAUAGUCACUGAGUAUUAUUAAAGAGGCAAGGAAUGGCAGGUGUUAGAUUAUUUUAAAGGCAGCUGAUUAGUGUGCCAUUUGGCAAAUUAUGCAGACAGUUAUAAAUCUACCCCUUGCUGCUAUUUUGAAUAGAAUUAGAGGCAGUGAGCACCAGUGGUUACAGAUAUGCCCAAAUAUUUCACAGUCCCCAAUCCCAUCAGUCAAACAGCUCAUUUGUGUUUGGCCAAAUAUUUUUUUGUGCAGUGAUUGUGUUCCCGAAAUGGCUAGUUUUGAAAUCCAACCAGAGUCCAAUCUUCAGGUGUUGCAUACAAAAUGAACUAAAUCACAUCCGUAUAAUGUGUUCACACACUGCAAGUGAGUUCUAGUGAUCCUAUUGUGCUACCAACUCCACUGGUCUCACAAUGUUUGAAGAAAAAUGUCUACAGUGAUGUUUAAGAAAAGCCUAUACGUGUACUGUAUUUUUGAAAAAAUAUUUAAUUGCUAAAUACUCUUGAUUCUAGUUUGUUUCAACUACAUAAUGCAGUACAGUUCUGAUGAGCGGGAACACUUGGAUUACAAGUCAACGGUGAUAACCGUCUAAAAGACAAAUGUUUUGUCAACCAAGGUAUUUUCCUGCAUCGUAUUUUCCUCACAGAGAUAGUCUGGGCUAUGCAAUGCAGAGGAAUACUAAUGAACUGUAUACUUGGCUUUCAGUUAAAUAUGUAAAAAAACCAUUGUUAAUUUUAGCUUUAAAUUCCUUUCCCUUUUGCUCAUGUGUGAUACAAUUCUGCCUGUGUACAUAUACAAGAGAUUGAGAUUGAAUGUAAUGCAAGAACAGAGGAUUUUUAGGGAAAAAAUGUACUGUAAUGUGUUAAUUACUAAUUGGUAGUCUGAGCUCACUUCAUUGAAAUCCUUUCACACAAACACACUCUCAGUGCAAUGUGCUAGCCAUGACCCCAAAGAGUUAUAGCUUGACAACCAGAGUCUGUAUUCUUAUUUUUUAUUUACAUUUUAGCUGGUGUAUUAAAAAAAAGUUAAGAACCUGUCACAGUUUGUCUUAAGCAGCAAAAUAGUCUGUUGCUGAUUGCUCAAAUGUAGCUCCCUAAAAUGAGUAACUGAUAGACUGGCUGUAAAUUGCAAUAUGCACACAUUUCUGAAGGAGAACAAAAUGGUUCGAUCACAAAUUCAUUGUGAUGAGAUACUUGAGUUGUGUCCUGGACACAUUGUGAAAUGGGAGUGAUAUCCCCCAAAAAAAUGUGGCUGGUUUUCCACAUUUCUGCAGAAUGUCUGUAAUCCGACUCAGCGAGGCUCCUCUCGAAAUUGGAACCACUAUUGCUAAUUUCAUUGUCAGUCUGUUCCCCACCCACCCGAGAAUUGUGUGAAAUUAUAACAAGAAGUUGAAUGAUGACUAUCUGUCGUUGGGGGCCACACAUAUCUCAGCUCACACUCCACCCAUUGUCAUGGUCAUGAGUUUCUAGCAGGAGAGUAAAUUAUUCCCAGUUAAAUGAACAUGUGUGUAAACAAGAAUGGAAAUCUUCUCCAGAAGGCAAACGCAAAAUCCCAGGAGGAGGAAUGCAUCAAUCAAUUGCUUAUGCAGUAAUAUCAAUACCAAAGAUCCUCCUUGUUCAUGUUUCACACAUCAUGACUCAUUCUACCUUAUAAGAAAACUACCUACAUUGAUGAAUUGUUUGAACUACCUAUUGCGAUGCACUACAUAGUAAACUAAUAGUGACCCUUCCUCUCCCCACCCCCAUGAAGGGUCUGCACUUUGUAGCACCAAGAAAGUGUUUUGUAGCAGACUUCUCUUUCUUAAUAUGUUAUUGCAGCUGAUGCUGUUUGUAAUUUGUGUGUGAUUUUAAUUUAGGAAAUCCUGUGCAUGUAAAAUGAUUUUAUUUGCAUAUUGAAUGGGUGGAAUAAAACAG